AUGGAUCGACACAUUGAUCCAGUUGAUAAUAAUGUUUCGAGAGAAUUUAGCGAAGGUGUUGAAGUUUUUAUCGCAUUUGCCUCGAGUCUAAAUUCUUUCAUGGAGCGAAAAACCAUGCUAUGUCCUUGUGUAAGUUGUGGAAACCGAAAGCAACAUGAUGUAAGAACCGUAUCCCGCCAUCUUUACCGAGUCGGCUUCAAAAGUAAUUAUUAUGUAUGGUCAAGCCAUGGAGAAACGUACUAUGACGCUGGAGAAUCAUCGACGGGAGGUCAAUUUAUAGGAGAUGAAGCAAGAUAUGUAGGCGGCCCAUAUGAAGAGAACAUUCCUGGAGGAGACUUUGGGUCAACUGAAAUACCGGAGAAUUUGAUGGAGGAACCCAACGAAGAGCAAUAUGAAGAAGGAGUGUUUGAAGCUUUUGAAGCCGCUAAUCAACCACUAUAUGAUGGAUGUGUUGAAGGUAUUUCUCAACUAUACUUGGCAUCUCGUUUAAUGAAAGUAAAAACUGAUCAUAAUUUGGCGGAGUCAUGUAUGGAUGAGUUAUCACAAACUUUUAGAGAUGUUUUGCCACAACCAAAUAUAGCUCCUGAGUCAUAUUAUGAGAUGAAGAAGCUGACGAAGUGGCUUGGCCUCCCUGUCAUGAAGAUCGAUAUUUGUGAAGAUAAUUGCAUGUUAUUUUGGAAAGAAGAUCGCGAGUUGAUGGCGUGUCGGUUUUGUGGAAAAGAUAGAUAUCACCAGAAGAACCAUGGAAAAGGGAAAAUGCGUCCAAAACAGAGAAUGUUCUAUUUGCCUAUUACGGAGAGGUUGAAGCGUCUUUACCAACAAGAGGCUACUGCAUCACAAAUGCGAUGGCACGCAGAACAUGAGUCGUCAGAAGGAGAAAUGCACCACCCUUCUGAUGCAGCAGCGUGGAAGCAUUUUAACAAGGUAUAUCCUGAUUUCGCUGCGGAAAGUCGAAAUGUUUAUCUAGGAUUAGCAACAGAUGGAUUUAAUCCAGUGGGUAUGAGCGGUGAAUCCCACUCGGUCUGGCCCGUCAUCGUAACCCCGUAUAACCUACCUCCUGGUAUGUGUAUGAAAAGAGAAUAUUUCUUUUUAUCAGUACUAGUUCCUGGGCCAAGGGAUCCAAAGAAGAACAUUGAUAUCUAUCUGCAGCCGUUAAUUGAAGAACUAAAAAGUUUGUGGAGCGAUGGAGUCGAAGCCUAUGAUGUCUCGAAGAAGCAAAAUUUUACGAUGCGAGCCGCACUAAUGUGGACAAUUAAUGACUUUCCCGCUUACGGCAUGAUGUCCGGAUGGAUGACUCAUGGCCGUUUAGCUUGUCCAUAUUGUCUUGAUGAUACAAAGUCUUUUUGGUUGCAACAUGGAAGGAAGCAUAGCUGGUUUGACUGCCAUAGAAUGUUCUUGCCUAGGGAGCAUCCUUACAGAAGAAAUGUCCAAGCUUUUCGAAAGGGGCAGACGGUAACUGAUGAUCCUCCACCAUGGUUGACGGGAGAAGAAAUUCUUCGUGAAAGAAUCAACAACAUCGAAGGACUGAAGGAAACGGUCGAUUGUGGAGGAAAUGGACACGAGAAACCUGCAAGCACUAUAAACGGCUACGGCAAAGACCACAAUUGGGUGAAGAAAAGUAUCUUUUGGGAGUUGCCAUAUUGGAAAAACCUGCUUCUUUGCCACAACCUGGACUUCAUGCACGUUGAGAAAAAUUUCUUCGAUAAUCUUAUCAACACGGUGCUUAAUGUUCCCGGGAAGACAAAAGAUAAUGCAAAGUCGAGGAUGGAUCUACCUGAUUUAUGCAGACGGUCUGAGUUACAUAUGAAGGAUGAUGGAACGAUGUCAGUCCCGAUAUUCCGGUUGUCGAAGGAGGAUAAAAAAGAAUUUCUGCGAUGGUUGAAAAAUGAUAUAAAAUUUCCAGAUGGAUACGCUUCAAAGUUUAGUAGGUGUAUAGACGAGACGAAUAGCAAGAUUUCAGGUCUGAAAAGUCAUGAUUGUCACGUCAUUAUGCAGCGACUUCUCCCAUUCGCGUUUAAGGAAUUACUUCCCAAAAGUGUUCACAUUGCCAUUUCAGAGAUAGCACUCUUCUUUCGUGAUAUAUCUGCGAAGAUACUUAAGCACGAAGAUGUUGCCAUUUUGAAAGAAAACAUUGCGGUGAAGCUUUGCAAUUUGGAGAAGAUUUUUCCACCUUCGUUCUUCGAUGUUAUGGAACAUCUGACCAAAGUUAAAAAUAAGGCACACAUUGGAGGUUCCAUCGUUGCACAAUAUGUGAAUGAGGAAAUAUCUACCGCGUCUGCUAACUACUUUGGUAAUCCACAAGUGGUACCUGAGGUUCCACUUCCCGGAGAAGUUCGGUUUACAUAUCAAUAUCCAGAUGUGCCUAACUUGUUAUAUCACGAAGGUCGGGUUAGUGGAAAAUCUGAAGAGAAAUGGCUAACCGAUGAUGACUACACCGUCCUCCAGACUUUUCUGAUGCUCAAUUGUGAUACAUUCGAACCCUACGAAAGGAUGUUCGAGGAGUUUGUGAUGGAGAGAAACCCGUAUAUGUCUGGUAAUGACCUACAAAUACUGAAAGACCAACAAUUUGCCGAAUGGGUGAAAAACUAUGUUGUGCAAGCGAGUAACACAUAUGAGUUUCCGAUGUGGAUGUUGGAUUUUGUACAAGGUCCGCAACGUAAGUAUAAAUCUUGGCCGAUUUACCAUUCACGUGGCUACUGCUUCCACACACAUAGCCAUGGACAAGAUAAGAAAACCCAACAUUACGGUGUCCAAGUUCGUGGAACCACAGAUACUGACUAUUACGGUUUGAUCGAGGAGAUAAUGAUGGUUGAGUAUUUUGGUUCUGUUGGACUGAAGGCCAUGGUUUUUAAAUGUAAGUGGUUUGAUACAACUGAAGGUCGGGGAAUUCGAAAACAUAAUUCAGGAAUCGUUGAUGUGUCUCCGCGCUGGCAGUAUGAGAAAUAUGAUCCAUUUAUCUUAUCUGGUAAUUGUGAUCAAGUUUGUUUUAUUCCUUAUCCGCGGGUACGACACACAUCAGCCAACGAUUGGUGGGCAUGUACAAAAGUUAUGCCUAGAGGGGUUCGAGAAACGUCUGAGGAUGCUCUUGUUGCGUUACAAGAUGAUACACACAACCAAGUUGUUGCACGGAGCGUGAUGGUGCGCAUUGAGACGUAUGUUGUCGAAGAUGAUUCAGAUUAUGAAUCCACGCCAAUUGUUCCUGCUAAUGACGAAUACGUUUCAGAAGAUGAAUUAGACGAGGCUUGUACUGAUUCGGAUUCUGAAUCUGAUUCAAGUUCUUAG